GAAUGAUGGAUUUCCUUUUGGCAAUCGGAGCAGAAGUGUUGAGGGAAGACCUGUUUUUAAGAGAAAUGAAUAGAAAUAACCCAUUUUGAGGAGGCCAUGGCAAAAUCAAUUACGAAGCACAGAGUUUGUUCUCGGGAAUCUUCAGUAACUUCUCUGUUUGCCAGCUGCAGCCUGAGGGGUAGUAAUUCCUCUAACUCUGAUGGCUCUUUCCAGUAUAAGGAUAAAGUGUAUAGUUCUGCCUCUCAGGCUCUACAGGCCUAUAUUGAUGAUUUUGAUUUAAGCCAAAUGUAUCCUGGUACAAGCACUGGAAAGAUAAACAGUAGAUGUUCUGCUAAUAUGCCAGAAUUCUCCAACUAUAUUUAUAAACCAAACAAUGCUUUUGACAAUGUUGAUCAGAAAAAAAGCUCCUUGUCCUUAUCCUGCAGAAGAAAGACUGUUAGUGACAUAGACUCCAUUAGCCUAACAACUGAUGAUCUAUUAAAACUUCCAGCAGAUGGAUCAUUUUCUUUUGCUUAUGUUGGAUCAGAUCAUCAAAUUAGCAAGAAAAAGAAGAAAUGCAUUGGAAGACUGAGUUCAUCGGAUACUGAAAAGAAGCAAAAAUUUCAGGAACCCUCCACUCUCAUGUGCAAGGAUGAUUUAGUUACUCCUGUUGUAUACACAGAUAUAAACAGAAAGCAAUGUGGUAGGCUAAAAAACCCAAAACUUGUGAAAAAGACCAAUAAAUGUAUUUCUGAACCAUCUUUACUUUUUUCUAAGAAAUUGUCUUUCAAGGAUAGUUCAGAGCACAGUCUUGAAAAGAAUUACCCAAGAUGGCUCACUAGCCAGAAAUAUGAUCUUAAUGUUUCAGGGAUAACUAGUAUACCUGACUUCACCUACCCUGUGUGGCUCAACCAUCAAGACUUGCUACCUGAUACAAAUAGUCAAGGGAUACAUGAAAUAUUUAAAGAAGAUCAGUGUUCCCCUAGACAUAGUUACCAGGCACAAAGAACUUCUCGAUUAAUGAACAAAUUAGAUUGUUUUGAAUAUUCUUUUGAACCCUCAAACACUUCAGAUUCUUUGAGGGAUGACAAAGGAUUAAUUAAUGGAUGUAAAUGUGAUUCUCAAUGUAGCCAGUGUCAAUGUGAGAAUCCAGUUCUCCCAGGACAAACCAAAAAGCCAUUCAGUGGUGACAAAAUUGAAUUGCUUAUCCUGAAGGCCAAGAGAAAUCUAGAUCAUUGGGCAGACGAGUCGCCAAAGUCUAUGGAAAAGGAUGAUAGUCCGUGUUCAUUAGAUAAAGUUGAGGCAGAAAGAUCAUGGGAAAAUAUCGUUACUUUCAAAUCUCCUGUUCCUGUUAACUCACAUGAUAGUCCUCAACAAACUUCAAGGGCAAAAUGUACUAAAGGGUUCCUCGAUGAUUUUUUAAAUAAUGAUAAUAAGAGCUCUACACUUUCUGGAGGGAAACAUCAUGGUCCUGUUGAAGCCCUGAAACAAAUGUUAUUUAAUCUUCAAGCAGUACAAGAAAGUUUUAAUCAGAAUAAAAGAGCAGAACUGAAAGAAGAAAUUAAGCAAGUUUCAGAAGACAAUUUCUCUCCAUUACAAUUGAAGGAAGGUAUGGUUCCUAUUACUAGGUCAUUUCAAAAGGCUUUGCACUAUUUAUCUCGCCUCUGGACUGACUUUACAGACCCAGCUAUUGAACCUAGAAGAGAAGAGAUAACUGCCUUGGUGUCUGCUGCUCAGAGAACCCAAAGAUAUAACAGUGACAAUAACAAUGGCAUUUAG